GGAAUCCAGACGGGAUUAUCACCGCAGACACCGCCGAGCUGCCGUGCGAUAUCUCCGGCAACAGUUCACCUCCAACCGGCGGACCUCCAUCCACAGCUCCAUCCACACCGAGGGGAGGAGAGAGGAUCUCUUUUUAUGGCAGCCGGCUGCUCAACCCUCCUACCUCAGCCUCCAGUACUGUGCAGCUGCAGCAUCCAUCAUCAUCCGUGACUCCAGCCUCCUCACUGACGCAGUGACAGAAAGCGCCGAGCCCCCUCACAUACUGACACCAUGCUGGCGAGACAUUCAGUGGCUGCAGGAAUUCUAAAGACUGUCAGUUAAGAAGAUUGAAAGAGAUUUCAUGUUUUAUUGAUGAGAUUUUUUAAACUUUCCUGUGAAGGGGAGGGGCUAAGAAGCACACCUGGAGCUGAUCUUAACUUGCACUGAGGUACUUUGGAUUGCAUUUUAGUUGAGUGAGUCUCAGAUUAACUUUUUUAUACUUGCGUGAUAUUUGAAGGCCUUCUGCAGCCUGAAUAGGCGUGUUGAGCAGGUGUCGUCAGCUGUAAAAGAGAUUAAUCAUCACUUCAAAAGGUCAUCCGUAUCACCCAGAGGAGACAUUCGGAUCAUUCUGACGCCAUGAUGGUGGCUGCCACCGUCACUCUGUGCCUCAGGACUGCUGCGGUCUAAUAGACCUUUUGGGUCCGCCCACACCAGCACUAUGGAUUACCACGCCGAGUGCUGCCUCUGUGAUCCAGAGGACGGGCAUGGUGACCCGGACGAGCCGCCGCUCCACAGUAUUCACGCCCCCAACCGGAUCCGGCCGUCCUCGUAUCGAGCCCUGAGGAGCGCCGUGUCUAGCCUGGCUCGCAUCGAUGACUUCUUCUGUGAGAAGAUUGGGUCAGGCUUCUUCUCAGAGGUCUUUAAGGUGCAGCACCGGAUCACGGGACAGGUGAUGGCUCUGAAGAUGAACACGCUGGCUAGCAACAAGGCCAACAUGCUACGAGAGGUGCAGCUCAUGAACAGGCUUUGUCAUCCCAACAUACUCAAGUUUCUUGGGGUUUGUGUGCAUGAAGGUCAGCUCCACGCCCUCACAGAGUAUAUAAAUGGCGGUAACCUGGAGCAGCUGCUGGACAGCGACCUGUACCUGUCGUGGGGCGUCAGGAUCGGUCUGAGUCUGGACAUCGCCCGGGGGCUGCAGUAUCUGCACAGCAAAGGAAUCUUCCACAGAGACCUCACCUCUAAGAACUGUCUGGUUCGCUGUGAUAAUGGCGUGUUCACCGCUGUGGUGGGAGACUUCGGUCUGGCUGAGAAGAUCCCUGAUUACAGUGACUGUGUGGGGAAACAGCCUCUGGCCAUUGUGGGCUCCCCCUACUGGAUGGCUCCUGAGGUUCUGAGAGGAGAGCUCUACAACGAGAAGGUGGAUGUGUUUGCGUACGGAAUCAUCCUCUGUGAGAUCAUCGCACGGAUUGAAGCAGAUCCAGACUUCUUACCGAGGACAGAGGACUUUGGCCUGGACGUGGAUGCGUUUGAAAACAUGGUUGGGGAUUGUCCACCUGUGUUCUUCAGCCUCGCUGUCACCUGCUGUAACAUGAGUGCAGAGAGGCGUCCCACGUUCUCAGACAUCGUCUUCACCUUGGAAAGCAUCGAGCGAGAAGAAGAGGAGGAGAAGCCCAUUGCACUCGAGCUGGUAGCUGUAGACGUCAGUCCAUACCGCCGCCUCAGCUCACCUUGUCAUCCCGGAGACCGCAGCCAGCAGCGGCAAGGCUUGGCAAGAAGUCAGUCGGACAUGUUACCCCCAGCAACCCUGACCCCCCCUCUCCUCGGGACCCCAGCACGGGUCAACCCUUUCUCUUUGCGACAGGACCUAAACGGGGGGAGGUGUAAACUCUUAGACACUCCCAGCAAGUCAGUCAUCUCCCUGACUUUCACCCUCCCAGCGCUCCGUGACCCGUGUGCCUCCCCCAGCCUCCUUAGAGGAACGACGGGGGUGAGAGCACCUCCCAGGAGGUGCAGGUCUCUCCCCUGUACCCCCGAGCUCGGCCGGACUGUAGCCCUGCCAAAAGAGAAUGAGGGUAAAGAGGAGGAGGUAGGAGUCGGAGUGAUUAAUGGAGAAAAAGAGGAGGACGAUAGGAGGAAGAGUGUGUCUGAGCAGAACGACUCCUCACUGGGAGAACAGGUAACUGACACAGAGCUGUUGAAGGAACAGAGCGUGACUGGACAGGAUUCAGGUCUCUCUGUGGGCCUGGAGAUGGUUGCUCUGGAGCGGUUGGAGGAGGAGGACGAGGAGGUGGAGGAGAGCAUUUGUCUAACUGAACCCAUGGACUGCAGCAAGUCUCCAGAACCAGCAGAGAGAGCUCUGGAGCCAGCGCUUGGACCAGCCCUGGUCACCUCCACGUCAUCAUCCUCCUUACAGACCAACGGCUGGCGACUCCCAAUCACCAACGGCCCACCCACGCUGCCUCCUCUCCCACGACUGGACAACAACAACGGCUCAGCCGCUGUGAUAGGCCAGCAGGUGCAGUGGGGCGGUGGCGUGUGUGCAAAUGGUUACAGCAGAGCGCAGGUCCUGUCCUCUGAACCUGGUGGCUCCUCUGAGCAGGACGAUGUCCUUACCUGUCCGGGCUGCUGUCUGAUGGGACUGAGUUUCCCAUCGGUGUGCCUCCGUGGUUCAGCUGCCGUGCCUCCUUCCCACCGAAGGGCUUCAUUACCACGGCAGCGCCCCUACAGGAACCUCAACGGUACCAUAACUGGCAGCAGCACUUCUUCAACGACCACUGCCUCAGCAACCAAAGCGCUGCUCUGUCGAAGCUCCAACGGGCUCGUAGCAGCCGGGCCGACAGUGACAUGCGAGCCGGGACGCUCUCUGCCAGAGGCUCAGACGUAAACCUGAACAACAGAAAUGUUGAACAAGUGAGCAACUCUGAAUGUUGCUUUAACACUGAAACUCUAACACUGACCCUGAGAUGUGUUUUUAAUCCCGUACAGUCACAGCACGCAGUAGGAGCGUUAGAUUGAGCGCCACCUGGUGGACAGGAGGAUUUAAAAAAACAACUAAUCAGUAUGUUUACAUGGACUUGAGUAUCCAGUCAUAAGGUUUUGAUCAUAUUCAAGGUAUGCCGUCUUCAUGCAUACGAGGGUGAACGACUUGGGAAAAUAAUAUAACCUUUUUUUUUCCUCUGUUUUGAUUUGGAUAUAAUAAGCAUUUAUUUUUAAUUUCCUCAGCAAACACAAGCAAUAAAUUAUCUUACAUAAUGACACACACACACUAUUAGAUUGAUUGAACUAGGCCUGAUUAAUUUUGGGAAAAAAGAGGUGCAGAAAUUCCACAAUCCUAAUUCCAAAAAAGUUGGGACAGAGUGUAAAAUGUCACUAAAAACUGAAGGCAAUGAUUGUCAAUUCUUAAAAACCCAUAUUUUAUUCACAGUAGAACAAAAGCAACAUCAGAUGUUGACACUGAGACAUUUUACCAUUCCAUGAAAAAUGGAUUGUUCCACAAUUGUUAUGCAUAGUUUUUCACAGAUUGGAGAACCUCUGAGAGACUCUGCCUCCCUAAAAUGCUCCUUUUAUACCCAGUCAUACCCACCUUUUUUGGACUUUGGGUUGCAAAAAAAUAGACCUUGUAAUGUAUGCAUUUUGUGUAGAGCACAACAUCUGUGCUGCAAAAAUUCUGCUCUGCAGUGGUGUUUUGAUGCACAUCUCAGGUUAAAGAAAUAUUGUACCUGAGAUUUGGAGAUUGCAGUCAGCUAUAUUGCAAUUUAAUCUACAUUUUUAUCAAUGGCUCAGACAAAACUCAGUUCCUUCUCUGCUCCAGAAGUAAAACCAUCUUGCUGCUUUUUGCUGUUUGUUUUGCUAAAAGGUCACUUUAAUGCUGUCUGAAAACAGGGUGAGGCGUAUGCAUGCCUCAGUCUUCUUUCACCGUUCUCCAGGUCGGUUUCUCAUAGUUGGGAUAAGGUUUACUCCUGCAUACUGCAUACUCAAUCACAACUGGGAUACUCAAGUCCAUGCAAAUACACCUAAUGUGGCAGUAAAUGACAUAAUGGUGUUAAGCAAAGACCAACUGAGAAGUUUUAUUUAUGUGAAGCUUUAACUGUUUCUUAAUUUUUCUCUAGUUGAGCACUUAAAAACUAAACUAAACUCUAAUUUCAGCCAAAAUGAAUCAUGUUUAAAUUUAGCAUGAAUCCUCAAAUAAUAACCAGAAGUAAAUCAGUGUAAGGCCUUUUAUUCCAGACAGGCUUGUGGCUCGCACAAACACUAAAGGGCAGGCCCUUUUUUUAAAAGCUGGGGUAUUAAGGAGGUCCAUUUGAAUACAACAAGUCCCAUAAAUUUCUAUUUUAGACGCUGCAUCUUUUAGCGAUAAUCUAUUUAAAACAGUGCAGCUUUUCUUAUCUAAAUGACAGCGGUCAAACAAAUCCUUUACUCAGACCAGGCUUGCAGCUCAACAGAACCUUCUUCUACUUGAACCAAGAGGAAAGAUUAUUUAAAAUAUUUUAGUCAUACUAUUUUUUACCUUUUAGCUCUUACAUUUUUAUAUUACAGCUGCUUGUCUCUGUCAAAAUAUACGAUACAGAAUCAUAUCACAAACUAGACAUUAUGUUGAGAACGAUUAAUGUGAAUAGGGAGAUGGACAUCAACACAUAUUUGUUCCAAGUGGAAUAUCUCAUUGGAUAUAAUUUUGCUGUGAAAUCUGGAUCUCACCUGGAAACGUCUGCCUAUAAUCACUCCUGUCCUCUGCAUAAGCUUUAGCAGAACACAUGGGGCUAUAUGAGCUAAUAUGUGAGAAAUUUAAAGCUGUAGGAGCUAAAUUUGUCAGUGGAAAAUUAUUCAUAAAUUAUGACAAGACUGAGCUAAGAAAUGAUUUUUGUGUUUACAUGUGCUUUAGCAUUGUGCUGCCACACUACGACACUGAUUACAGUGAGUUAGAGAUGAGCAGGAAUCAUACAGCCUGAUAUUACACAUUAGGUGAUUAAGAUGCAUGAAGACAGUACAUGUGCACUACUCUUCCCUCUUGUAGAGGUAGAUUUAUUGUGCAGUAACUCCAGAAAUAAAUCACGUUGAAUUAGGGCUGUCAAGAUUAAUCACGAUUAACUACAAUCUAAAAUUAGUGCACUAUCUUGUUUAAUCGUGAUUAAUAGCACAUAAUAUUGUGUCCCUUUCAACAAAUUUUUGUAAAAAAUAAGUCCACCACUGUUCCUUAAUGUCUCAUUUCACUUUACAAAACUCACACAGCUCAGUGGACAAUCAGAAGUCACCUAAACCUUGUGAUAGGGCUGGGCGAUUAAUCGAAAAUUAGAUUAAAUCGCAAUAUGGCCUCAAAUAGCAAAAGAUGUGCUAUUUCUUUGACCUAUAGUCUGUGUCAAAAUACUAGUUUUGAACCUUUUUGCAGCAGCAGCAGAGAUGUUAUACAUGCAAGUGCCAUUUCUUUAGAAUAGUCAACAAAAAAUCUUACCUUCUUAAUUUUUUGUACUUUUUUCUUGUUUAAUAUGAGAAUGGCAAAAGCCUGUCAAUGCAACAAUUCAUAUCCGACUGGGAAUACGAGUCAAAAUCAUCUGAAUGUGAAAUUUUAAAAGAAUUGUUCAGCCUUGUUGAGGAAUAAAAGAAAGUUAAGGAAUCAAAAUUGCACUAUCAAAUUCCAAUAUUUGGGAAAAAAAAUCGCAAUUAGAUUAUUUUCCCAAAUUGUUCAGCCCUAUCAAACUGUGCUAUCAAACAUUUACCAUUUUACUGUUCACUAAUAUCCUUUUCAAUCCAUGACAAGUUCCUUUUUCUGUGGUUAAGCCCUCAAUCUACCUGUAAAGCUUUGUAUCCAAACUGAGAGUGACUAGUUUAAGAAAAUGACACAAAAACAGUUAUAAAUGCAAAAUAGUGGAAUUUAAGAAUGAGAUACUAGAGGUGCGAUUAAUUGAGAUUAAUUACAGAAAUCCUGAGAUUAAUCACGAUUGAAAAUGUUUAUCUUUUAGCAGCCCUACUUUAAAUUAAGUGGCCUUUAGAGUCAUUACAAUGAAGACACAUCAUCUCCUCCAGUCAAAGCAGUGUGAACUGACGUUUAGAACUCUAUAAUAAAUAAACUAAUUUUGUCCUUAACCCCUUGAUGCACAAAACACUUUAAUGUGCCGUAACCGAGGUAUGUUUGAACUCAUGUGGACUAAUGCUACUGCUGCAUCCCGAGGAGUUAGGGUCCAAACUAUUUCCCCAUUCAAAAAAACAUAAACAAUUAUUCUUCUCAGAUGGAGAAUGUUUGAAACACAGGCCUGCCUUGAAAUACAAGCUCUGGUUAAUAUUUGAGGAUUUAAGGUUUCUCCUUAAGAAGAUAUACAACCACUUACAGCUUAAUACUCUUCUCCAACAGCAGAUUAAACACUUCUAUUUCAGCUUAACUGUCGGUCAGAUGAAGGAUGUGUACAAAGCUGAGGCUGAACGCAGCACAGCUCAAAAAGGUGAAAAGUCGUCAGUGUUUUUGAAAAAUGAGUCGUAUUAAGAGGAGGAAACUUCUGCUGAUAACUCAGAAACUGGCGAGUAAAAACGACACCAACGGUUCAUUUUGAAGCUUUUUUUAAGAUUCCACCUCACCAUGCUGCUGUUCCGGCACAAAAACGCAGCCAAAGCAUAAAAUGAGAGCUGGCUUUGGGUCCUUUAGACUGAUGGUUGAAACGACAAAUUUUAGUGGCAGCUCUGGUUCAAAAACAGUCUACAACUCAAAAUCAGGCCUCAUCUGCAGUGUUGGGGUUACAAAGUACUCCAUUAGAGUGCUUAGAUAUACUUUUUUUGUUAUAAAUGAAGUCAAGAUUUAGCUCUGCAAGUCAAAUAAUCCAUACUGUUGUUACUUUUAUAAAAAGGAAUCCAUUUCUUGAAAAAAGUAGUAUUUCCAUUUCCAUUUUAUUGCCAACAAAAAAGACACUCACAAAAGCUUUUUCACUCUCCAUCUCUGUCUUCUGGGCAGGUAGCUGCAUACCUGCAGAAGACCUCUGAGUGUCUAGCGUUGUCUUGGAUGCUAGCUGAGCCUCUUUAACAGUUUUGCCACCCUUGUUUUGUCAGCUUAAGCAUUCAGAAUCUUUUAUUUUCUUUGAAUGGUUGGCACGGUUGUAAACAGGAAAAAACGUGCCAUUUUAAUUAGGUAUGCAUGAUAUUAUCGGCCUGAUAUCAGUAUUGGCAGAUAUAAGCAAAAAAAGGCAAAUAUCGGUAUCGAUAUCAGUUUCGGCUAAAAUGAAUCUGUAAAUGUCGGCACAUCGGAAAUCGGCAAAAAUCCAAUAACGUGCAUCCCUGAUUUUAAUAGCCCUCCUCUAUGCAGGAUUUCCUUCUUGACUCCCAUCUGGAGUUCUCUUCAUCUGCAAAGAAUCACUCACGUCUAUAACGAGCUGCUAAUUUUUACCAGUUAACUGUAAAGUACUCUAACAAUUCCCUUUUAAUGGUAGAAAUCCUGUAACAUAACCAGUUACUUUGAAUGCAACCCAACACUGCUGAUGAGUCCUGAACCAAACCAAACUGAACUCUGUUUGCUUUCAGUGGUGCUAUGUUCUGUUCCUGAGGCUGUCAUUGGGGGAAAUGUUUGGGGGCCAAUUAAAUAAGCUAAUUUAUAGUGUACUUACUGUUUAUUACAACUCAGGUUGUAUGAGACUUUUUUUCCUUUUUUCUAGGAGCAAUGAAAACAAUGUUUUCUAAUGUUAAUAUGUGAGAUUUGUUAAGAUGUUGAUGUAAAAAAGAUUGUUCUGGGAGAAACAAAGAUGGUGGGCAGUAUCGCAUAUGCACUCCUGGAAAUAUGCCCCUGUAAUCUUCCUGAGUUGGUUGUUUGCACAUGCACCGCACAGCAGGAGACAGGAGGGGAGUGGUCUGCAGAGGUGGCGCGUAACGUCAAAGAAACGAUGCACAAGAAGCAAUAGUCUGCUGUACAUUGCAGUUGUUGGUGCAAAAUUUGUGUUAACACAUGCGACUCACUCAGAAAACUGUGGUAUAUUUUCAGGAGUUUUGUGCAUGUGUGAAUAUGGUUUUUGUUUUUUAGAUACGAGUCCUGCUCUAACUUUGACAUUACUCAUUGUUUCUGUGUCUCAGCAGGCUGAUCACUGCUGCCCUGAUCUGUUAAACUGUCUUCAGACCAGAAGUGAAGCUUUUUAAACUCUGAUUUAGGCUGGCUACACACUUGAUGGUUUUUAAAAUCUCAUGACAGAUUUAACAUUUAUUUUUAAAGUAUGUGCUGUGCAAUGAGAGGACCAACACAUGCGGACAGGUCCAUUCCCCAAGAACUAGAGCCUCCACUCUCAGAACUUCUAAUCUGUCGCAGUCAAAUUCCACUUUGGAAUUAAUAAGCUAAUCAGUAGGACUAUGAUGUGUUUUACAGGACAUCUUGAAUCAGCACUGGUUAACUAUUAUCGCCAUGGCGGCAUUUGUUGUGCUUCCUCCUUCAGUCAGUUUGCUUCCUAAGGCCGACCACACACUAGACGAUUUUUUAAAAUCUGGAACGAUUUUUAAACUGUGGGAGACCACAGACUUCAGGACAAUUUCCAACAAUUUUUCAUCUUUAAUCCUCUGAACGCACACACCAGACCACUCAGCCAGACUGCCAGAUCACUGGAGACCACACACCUGCCGACCUGCCUUCGACCUCGCGUGAUCAUGUGACUUCAGAAAAAAAAAAACACAGAUGUCUGUCAAUACCGUCUUGCUGUCUCUCCACAACAGGCUGCCGUGUGUUACAGGUGAUGGAAAAUCAUAAAACAAGGGAAAGACUCGGGAUGAAAUCAUGGCUGAAAUUAUGUCAAAGUUGUGUUCAUGGUUGUGAGCAUUGAAAGUACGUAUGGUCUGGUUGUGACGCUACUUGUCGGUCUCAUUGGUUGUUGUGGGUAUUCUGUCAGCGGCACUACGACCUAGAAACGUAAAUAUCAAUGUUUGAUAUUUAAUUUUGGGAUUUUGGAGGGUACGACGCGAUUUGGAGCAGUAAAACAAUCGUGUUGACACCACACACAUGCAGACUACUCAGACAAACAGUCGUUUGCAUCGAGGCUCCUCUCGGGAUACGCCCCCACGGUCAUCUGGGGGGGCAAAUCCUGCCCCAAGUCGAGCUUAAAAUCCUGUAGUGUGUGGCCAGCCUAACUGGUAACCCAUGCAUGCUCAGCUCUCCCCAGUGUCCCUGCCUACACAACAGGUUUUCUAAAUAGUGUUAUUUAAUAUUUACAAUUUAAGUCAGAGCAGCUCUGAUCGUCUUGAGUUGACCGUGGAGGGAAAGUUCUCUCUCUGAACACACCACAGGUAAAUCUGUCUGGAUCAUCUUUAGGGCCAUCCCAUAAUCGGGCCUUUGCUGACUUAGGUCAGAAUGAGGAAUCUGACCCAAAACUGGCUUAUCUUGUAGUGUGCACCCUGCUUUUGGCAGGCUACACACUAGAUGAUUUUAAGCUUGGUUUUAGGCCUAAUAUCCCCCUUACAGUUGGGCCUGAUUUGAGGCUAGUUGCAGCGGAUUAUUUACCCAAAGAAUCCUAAAUUAUGGGCUGCAUGGCGGACCAGGGGUUAGCGCUGUUUCCUCACAGCAGGGAGGUUCCUGGUUUGCUUCCCAGUCAGGGUUUCUGUGGAGUUUGCAUAUUCUUCUGGUGUACGGACCUGGACCUCCUCCCACCACCAAAGACAUGCUCGUUAGGUUAAUUGGAGACUCUAAAUUGGAUAAGCGGUGGAGAAAAUGGAUGUCUGAAGUGUGUGGUGGCAAUAUUGUUAUUUUACUGCUACAUUAGAGUCAGAACCUCCCUGAUCGUGCUGCCCCUGGCUGAAUAACCACACUAGCCAAUGAGGGAGCAGGUCAGCGCAGUGGACAAGUCAGAAGUCAUCUCAACCUUUCUUUUCAAACAUUGACUUUUUUUUUUUGCUUUCCCCUUUUUCCUGUUCAAUCAAUACCAGGGACCUUUUUUUCCAUGGUAAAGUGUGCAUUAGUCAGUUUUAAAUGCAAAAUAGUGCGGUUUUAAAUUGGAUAAAAUUUAUGUGAUUAAUUGUGAUUAACUACAGAAGUUCUGAGAUUAAUCACAGCUAAACAUUUUAAUCAUCUGACUGCCUAUCACAUCCACAAACAUAAGAUUGUACCGUCUUCCCAGAGAGAAUUUCACCCGUAUUCUUUUGCUUGUUUUUCUUCAUGCAUGACGUCUGGUGUCCUCCAUGUUUGUUUUUCUUCUGAAGUCACGUUUGAUCACGAGUUUCUGUGAGAUCUGUGGGAUCUCUACUGUGAAAUCAUGACUGCAAAAAGCAGGUGUGUGGUCUGACAGUCUCUUUUAAACUCCCUUGGUUUUAAGAUGGGUUAUUUGAAAAUCAUCCGGUGCGUAGCCAGCCUUUCUCAACAAUUGCAAUGGAGAAUUCCCACAAAACAAAAAAAAAAACACCGUGAACUAAAAACAGACAUUACCUCGAGCAGCUCGGCAUGGCUGCAAGGUCAUGAACAUACGUGAGAAAAAAAGCACUGUUUUUAAUCUAUUUAACUGAUUAACUGUAGCUACAUGGGGAUAUUUAUACGGCACAUGAAGAUGAUCUACUUCCUACAUUUUUAUAGCAGUUAACUUGAAUGAGUGAGCGUGUGAGUGAGAGAUUGCUAUCAGUUCCAUGAGCCUCUUCCUGAUCUCGUCAUGUAAAUUCUUUAUUUUUGCACUUGAGUUGGGAGCACUUUGCAGUGAGACACCAGGCUUUUUCAGAGAUGGUGCUUUAUUUAAACCCGUGCUUCUGGUGUUUUCUGUGCGUGUGCUUCACGGCGCUCUCAUCCUUUGACAUGGACUCCCCUCUCACAUGUAUCUGGUGCGUGUACAUGUACAUUCUGACUACUCUGUUGUAAUUACAAAGUGGCAUGUGAAGCAGGUAUGAGUAUUAAUUGUACAGAUCAUUCCACACACUGUGUGUGUACAGUUUGUGCUUUUGACUGAGAGGUAGAGCGAUGACGGCUCGCAGGAUAACUUUUAUCCCGUUGUUAAACCACGGCUCUCGCUUCAUUUCUAGUUUUGUUCUCUUCUUACAGAUAGAAA